AUGGACUUUCUCAAGUCGGCUGUUGCCUCGGCGAUGGCCAAGGGGCCGCCGUUCCCUUACAAUUUUGGCGACAAAGUCGAUCUCGACCCCUCCAUCUGGACUCUUCACAACGGUACACGACGGGAAGACGGCUCGAAUUGCAGCAUCUUCUCGUUCGAUAUCACCACCAACCGUUCCGCCUUACCCCUUGCCAAGAACGCCCUGAAAAAGUUACGGACACUACGACACCCCGGCGUCAUCAAGGUGCUAGACACAGUCGAGACAGAUUCAUACAUCUACAUCGCAACAGAGCGCCUAGUACCUCUACGGUGGCAUGUCAAGAGGAAGAGUCUCAGCCCCGAAACGGCGAAAUGGGGUCUCUACAGCAUCGCGACCUACGGCAGUCUCGUGCCGGACUCGGGACGGUAUACGCCGCCUGAACUAGCAAAGUCGGGAUGGGAUGCCAUUAAAAAAGGUCCCCACUCGGCUGUCGACGCUUACGAGUUUGCCGCCUUGAUCUUCGAGGUCUUUAACGGCACUUUCAACGGCAGCGAUCAGGCGGGCCAAACCAAGAAUGUCCCACCCAACGACUUCCCCGAGGACUUCUUCAAGAUGAAGGUGCUUCCCGAACUGCUAAAAUCAGUAGAGUUCGGCGGCGGUGGCCCAAAGGCAUUUGGAGUAGUCAUGAAGAUUGCCACCAAGCUGUCGAGUGAAGACUUUGAGGCAAAGAUCACCCCCGUCUUGAUUCGGCUGUUUGGCAACCCCGACAGGGCCAUCAGAGUGUGCUUGUUAGACAACCUCCCCCUGAUGAUUGAUCGCCUAUCUCAAAGAAUUGUCAACGAUAAGAUAUUUCCUCAGAUAGUUACCGGGUUCACGGAUAUUGCACCCGUUGUACGAGAGCAGACUUUGAAGUCUGUACUCACGCUCAUUACCAAGCUCUCGGAUCGGACCAUCAAUGGUGAGCUGCUGAGAUAUUUGGCCAAAACCGCCAACGACGAGCAGCCUGGCAUCCGCACCAACACAACAAUCUGUCUCGGCAAAAUUGCCAAGUACCUUGGGACCUCCUCGAGGGGCAAGGUCCUAAUCGCCGCAUUCACGAGAUCCCUUAGAGACCCUUUCGUCCACGCCCGAAAUGCGUCGCUCAUGGCGCUCGCCGUGACAUCAGACUGCUUCUCCGAUGAGGACUGCGCGGUCCGCAUCGUGCCCGCCGUUUGUCCCUCGCUUAUUGACAAAGAAAAGGUCAUCCGCGACCAAGCGAGCAAAACCAUCGACGUCUACUUGGCCAAGAUCAAGAAAGCAGCGGCGGGCAUGCCCGACUCCGUCCUCCCGCCCGAAAGCGCCGUGUCUGCCGCGGGCGGACCCAGGAUGAGCACCCCCCAACCGGCCGAGUCAGCGGCAGCCUCCUGGGCGGGCUGGGCCAUCUCCUCCUUCACGAACAAGCUAUCCACCGCGGCAGGCGAGAUUCAAUCUUCCUCCACCCCCGUCAACGGCUCGGCGGCGGCGGCUCCCCCACAACGCCCCGCGACGACUUCCCAAACCCCCUCCACAUCCUCUGCCUCCAACCUCCACCGCCAGGCCCUCAAAUCCCCCACCCCCUCCGCCUACAAAGACCCCUUCCACGACGACCCCGCCCUAAACAACAACAAUAACGACGACAACGACUUCGACAACGAUGACGCGGCUGACGCAUGGGGCGACAUGGACGACAUGGCCGAUGAAGACAACGACAAUGACGGUGCGGCGGGCUACUUCGCCGAAGCCAACAACAAACCCACCAAAACCACCACCACAACAACCACCACAACAACCACCCUCCCCAAACGAGACCCCAAGCCCACCAGCGCGAGCGCCAGCGCCACACCAUUUGACGACGGGUCCGAGCCAGAUUUCGCCGGGUGGCUAGCGGCGCAGGCACAAAAGAAGACCGGGGCGAAGGGGCUGCCCAAGGGGCUGGCCAAGACUGGCGGGACAGCGAAAAAGACGACAGUUGCGGCGAAGCCGAAGGCCGCGGCGCCGGCGAAGAAGAUUGAUAUGAAGCCGAAGCAGACGGAUGAGGAUGACGGGUGGGGUGGGUGGUAG